ACGCAUGCGGACGCAUCAGGACAGAAGCACCGCAGGUGUGCGUACCUGUUUCAUACACGUACACAUCAAUGAGAAAGGAAAAAGGAAGAAAACCCGUUGUUUAAUACGAUUUUUUUUAAGUGACGGUAGAAAUAUUUUGUCAUUGUUAUUAUAAUGGUUACAAUGGAGGUUCCGGUGGAGGAAUUAAUGAGCGACGUGUUGAAGCGUGUGACGGGCGAGUCUGCUCUGCCCAUGUUCAGUAACAUAGAGAAGUUCAAACGAGCCAAAGACGGUUUGUAUUUCGUAGCCGAAGACUUCAAUGAAACGGUGAAAAAGAGGGAAUUGGUUAACGCCAAGGAACGACUCAGGAUUCGUAACUUGAACACAAUGUUCUCCCGUCUGAGGCGAAUGGUGCCCCUUAUGAGACCUGACAGGAAGCCCAGUAAAGUAGACACACUAAAAGCUGCUACCGAAUAUAUCCGAUUGCUUGCUGCAGUUUUGCAAGAUACUGAUGAUCAUGACAGCAGUGGGUCUGAUUUCCUAAAUAGUGCAAUCACUUAUGGCCAGACUGAAGGCCUAGGGAAUGACCUAUGGAGAUUGGAUGAUAUACUAAACACAUCAGAUGAGUGCAUCGAUGACGGAUUCAUGUUAUCCCCUGGCCCAGUCCCAGAGGAUGGAGAAAUGACCAGGCUGAUGUUACAGCACUGUGUGAUGCCUGCGUAUCAGGUCAUCAUCCAAGUGGCUCCUGAUCAAACUACGGUCUGAUCCUGUGAAGACUUGCAUCUCAUAGAAAGAAAUUUUCUUUGUCUAAUUUCUUUAUAAUUAUUGUUUGAGUUAAUUAAUGUGGAACUGCUUUUAUUUUCAUUUUUAAGCCACAUUUACAGAAGGUCUAGACAUUUCUAAUGGGCCUCUAAUUUAUUUAAAGUUUAUUUUUGAUGGUUUUUAUGUUCUCAACAAAAGUCCAGCACGAAUUAUAUCGAUACACGUGGCAGAUGGUAUCAAGAUUUAUGUUUGUAAUAAAUGUAGUCACUAAUAAAUUACCUCUUCCAAUUUGCGAAA